AUGGGGAAGCAAGACGGGGGCGGGAUGGACCCGCGAUUUGCCAAAAUGCUCACGGACCCUCGCUUUCAGCGCUUUCCGAAGAAGAAGAAUACCGUGGAGAUCGAUGAGCGCUUUGCUGGCAUGUUCUCGGACCCUGACUUUCAGGGCAGGGCCCCGGUCGACAAGCGCGGCAGGAAGGUGUCAAAGAAGGCGGCUAAGGGGGAUGACAUGCGGCGCUACUAUCGCUUAAAGGAUGAGGGGGACUGGGGCGGCAAGGAGGGCGGGGAGCAGCCUGAGGGGCAGGUGGAAGCGGAGGAGCGACUGCCAAAGCAGGCUGCAAAGGGGCGGGCGCAGCAGCAGCAGCAGCAGCAGCAGCAGCAGCAGCAGCAGCAGCAGCAGCAGCAGGUAUCGCCGGCGGGGAAGAAGGGCCGUGCGGCGCGGGCAGCACAGGCGGGGGUCACACAGCAGGCAGCAGCCAAGGGGAAGGCCAAGGGGGCAAGGGCCAAGCAGGGGGCCAGCCACGCUGACGAGGACGAUGAGGAUGCACAGAUGGCCAAGGCGGCGGCACGGCUGGCGCCAGCCUCGGAUUCAGAGGACGGGGAUGAAGAGGAAGACGAGGGGCCGCCUGGCGGGCGCGGAAGCGGCGGCGGCGGUUCGGCCUCCAACAGGGCGGCGGCAGGGGGAGGUUCUGAGGACGAGGGUUCUGAGGAUGAGGGUUCCGAGGAUGAGGGUUCCGAGGAGCCGUCAGGCAGCGAGGAGGAGGAAGACGAGGAGGCGGAGGCGCAGCGGCGCUGGGCGCGUGCGAGGGGCCUCGUCGACGUCAGCUCCUCAUCUGAUGAAGAAGAUGACAGCGAGGAUGAGGGUGGCUUUGAGGACGGCGGCGCCGGGGGCGCGUCCGAGGAGGAGGAGAGCGCGGGCUCUAUGGAUUCGGAGGAGUGGGGCGCGGGCGCCAAGGCGGGCGCACGCAAGGAGAGCAUACCCGCAUCAGAGCCGGCGCCGGCGUCCCACACCCCGCCCGACCAGCGCCCUCAAACCUGA